AGCUUUACUCCUACUCAAAACACAAAGGUGGUCAUCAUUCUGAUGCACCAGCUGAGCUCUCUGAUGCCUUUUAUCACACUGUUUUGGCUUUUGGGUUUUAAUAUUUCUCAGCUCUGCCUCAGCGCCUCUUUGUAGCAUCUCCUUCAACCAUUAUGAUGAAAGGUUACAGAGGAAAGCUACCCCUUUCAAUCAUCACUGUUACACUCUGCGGUUUUGCUUUCCUUGCUCUCUUAUAUACUGAAAGACUCAGUUUUCUCUCUUCAAGUUCUUUUCUCAAAUCUAAAUCCUGUGCUAGAAGAACAAGUGCUGUUGUUAAAGCUAAGGAUGAAACAGCAGAGAAGAACCUAGAAAACCCCGAACUAGACGAUAGGUUCGAGUUUGACCCUGAGGAAUGUGAUAUAACUCGUGGGAAGUGGGUGUUCAACCGUUCCAUCAAGCCUCUGUACACAGACAGGAGUUGUCCGUACGUGGACAGGCAAUUUUCUUGCGUCAAAAAUGGUCGGCUUGAUCUUGAUUACCGUCAUUGGGAAUGGCAGCCAGACGACUGCUACUUGCCUAAAUUUGAUCCAGAAGUUGCGCUUGAAAAGCUUAGAGGGAAGAGGUUGGUGUUUGCAGGGGAUUCCCUGCAAAGGAGUCAAUGGGAAUCUUUCGUUUGUAUGAUAGAAUGGACUAUUCCUCCACAAAAGAAGUCUAUGAAACGAGGCAAAAUUCGUAAUGUCUUCAAAGCCAAGGAAUAUAAUGCGAGUAUAGAGUUUUAUUGGGCUCCAUUUCUCGUUGAAUCCAAUACUGAGGUGAAUAUCUUAGAACCGAAGAAGAGAAUCAUAAAAGUUGACUCAGUUUCCAAGCAGUCAAAAAACUGGGAAGGAGCUGAUAUCCUUGCCUUCAAUACUUACGUUUGGUGGAUGAUUGGCCUUCGCCUCAAAACACUGUGGGGUUCGUUCGCAAAUGGUGAAGAAGGUUAUGCACAGCUGGAUACACCGGUUGCCUACAAAAUCGGUUUGAAGACAUGGGCUAACUGGAUCGAUUCUACCAUCAAUCCCAACAAGACACGUGUUUUCUUCACUACCAUGUCCUCUAUACAUUCCAAGAGCAAAGACUGGGGCAGGGAAGAUGGGCUUAAAUGCUUCAACGAAACGAAGCCAGUGAUGAAGAAGAAAUUCUGGGGAAGCGGUUCCAACAAGGAUAUGAUGAGCGUGGUGGCUGGUGUGAUCAACAAAAUGAAAGUCCCCGUUUCGGUUCUUAACAUUACGCAGCUUUCAGAGUACAGGAUCGAUGCCCACUCAUCCAUUUAUACCGAAACUGGGGGACGGCUUUUGAACGACGAGGAAAAAGCAGAUCCAGGCCGUCAUGCCGAUUGCAUCCAUUGGUGCUUGCCUGGUGUUCCCGAUACUUGGAAUCAAAUAUUUUUAGCACAUUUGUAGAUUUUUAUUUUCAUUUUUUCACUCCACAGAAACCGAGAAGGGAAUUAAUCUGCUUGUUAUGCGUUAAUUCAAAGUUCUUUUGAUUUGUAUAUUGCAAGUUGUAUUCUUAAGCAAAUUUUGUGCAUACAAGAUGUUGUUUCCUAUCAAAUUACAAGAAACAA